AUGAUGACUGCAAGCGCCGACAAGGACUGCGGCGUCAUUUUCACCUGCACUGCUCACUUCGUCGAGCCAGACAAGAAUUCCUCCUACUUCUACGAGCGCAUGAACGUCGUCCCAUCAGAGACGGCUCAGCUCGCAUCCGAUCUCUUCGACAGUGGUGGGUGUUUGCGCCCCGAGUACCGAAGUCGAGGAACCUGUCAGGAUGUCACUAGCUGGGAUAACGAGCUUGAUAGCGGAGACAUCUUUGUUUUUGAGCGCUUUAAGGUUGAUAAACCCCUUCAGAGAAAAGGAUCGGCCAAGAGUUUAUGCGAUAACCUCAUCGGCCAGGCGAUAAAGGAGAGUCAGCACUUUUCCGCUAUUGUAGCACCUGGUGCGCUUGAAAGUGAGUACAGAGACUAUGCAGGGCAGGAAAAGGAGAAGGUUGUCAAAGAGCAAGUUUCUAUCGCUGUGCAGUUUGAGCUUGCUCAAGGAUUCCGGAGAGAUAGAGGGUCUAACUGGCUGGCCUUGACUUAA